AUGCCAAUCACUGAUUGUGACUAUAGUCUUGCCUCCGAAUUCUCCUUUCUCUCUUCCACAAGACUUUCUAGUCUAGUCAUCAACAGUGGCAAUGCUGGAUACCCGAACAUCUUCUCAAGGCCUCAUCCUCAAGACCGCCUUGUUAGGAUUCAAGCCACUGAGUUCAAAGUCGCCGCACGAUUGCUACGCUGGAAACCAUCACUCCUCUCCCGGUGCACAGCUGCCCGGGCAGACCCAGGUUUCCCGUCUAGAACGAGCCCUAAUACCCUGCAUCGUCAUCUGAUCGAUCGUAGAACACCUGAAUGCAAGUCACUGAUCUUCAACACUAAUCUCAGAGCACGUCACCCGAACAAUUGCAUCGUGCCACCUGAAAAUUCAUCCCUCGAUCGAACGACUGGAGACCCAACAGCCCGGGAAAGUUCACAAGAGUCUCGAUCUCAACUUGCCGACAUUCGACACCCAGCUGGCUGGAUCCCACAGGAAAUCCUUAGGCAAGGCUACCUUACCAAGCUGCACAGUAGAUCUUUCCCGAAGAUCUUCGCUGGCAUUCAGAAGCUUUCUAGACGUGAGGGGAGAUGGCUACUGGACAUGAUGCCUUUCGAGCACGCUUUCUUCGUUAGCAGCGUCAACAAUUGCGACCUGAUUCUGGAGCGAAGCAAUCAAAUCUACGCUUCGCUCCUCACCAUCCCAUCUCGACUGACUGAAUGCGAAGGGAUUAGAUCGAUAUUUGGGAUGGGAUACCACCACCACGUUCGUAGCGAGCACGCAAUCCGACCUUCGUCGUCAAGAGAAAGACAAAAUCACGUUGCUAAAGACAGGAGAACAUUGUCGAUGUACUACACUGCGGAACAACUUCCAUCGCCUCUCUCAACGAAAGAAGCACCGUAUUCUCAGUCGAUCGAUCCAUCAAUCCAUCAACACUUUUCGCGCUUCGCAUACAUAUCGAAUUUUCAUGACAGCAUGUAUCGAACCCCGAAGUUCAAACAAACCUCUCCAUCUGUUCUAGAAAGAGUCAAGAGAAUAUAA